AUGCCGCUCUCUCGCCUCCGCGCUGCGUUGGGCGCUUGCCCCCCGCGUACGGUGACUCCCAUGUCGACGCCCGUCGGUAGCCUGGCGCACCGCGCUCAAGCCAGACGCCCCAACCCGUUCCUCGACACUCCCACUCCCACCCCCACUCGUUCCACCUCGCGUCUCCUGCCGCGCGUUGCGCUUGUCCGCCCCCGGCUGCCCAUCUUCCCGCCCACCGCCACUGCAUCCCCGUCCCCGUCACCGGUUAGCAUCCUAGCUGCUCGCCUGUCGCCUGCGCUGCGCUACAAACCCCUCAAAGUCUCCAAGACCUCCUGGACUUCCAAGGCCUGCCCGACCUCCACACCCUCAGUCUCUCCCUCCACCAUCACUCCCGGCCACACUCCUUCGACCACCAUCACAUCCGAACCCGCCACCGCCGAGUUUGCAUACACUCCUUCCGCCGCCCCCUAUCUCGCUGAGACGUGGCGCCGCAGAGUCUUCCCCAGCCACACGUCCACGUCCCACCCUCCCACACCGAAACUCACCUUCUUCCCUCCCUACAGCCCGCCGCGUUCCUCUCUAAUCGGGCGCCUGGCGGCGUUCAGCGGCUUCUUCGCUGUCUCUGGUCCUAGUGAGAGCUCCAGGCAAGUUGAGUCAGGAACAGUCAAAAAAAGCUGGUGGGCGCGCUGGAUCGCUCCGGACCACGCAUUCGAGACUGUCAGUGAAAUCAGAGACGCCAGCGACGACUGGCAAACCGCCUACAAUGAAGCUGAGAGCGAGUGUGUGCCGUUCCCCCCCAUUGCACGUUCGCCAAUGCACACUCCCCGUGCCUCCCACAGGCGCUACCACUCAGCCCCGAUCGACAUUCACCAGCUCGCCUCCCCGUACACGCCUUUCCGCUUCUCGCCGACCAUCACCCCGCCAGUUCUGCACAUGUUCGACCAGUCCCAGUUCUCAUCAGUGCGUUUCCGCCACCUCACUCGGGGUACUCGGCCUCCCGCCUCACCAUCCCGCCCGCGAUACUUGAACCCGCACGAAAGCCGCAACCUGCUCGACAUCGUCCGGGAGCUCUGCGAGGCCAUUACACUCCGCUUCUGGGCCGUCUUGAGACCGCAGAUGGAGCCGCUGCGUCACCAUCGUCACUGUUGUCCGCCCGUGGCCGGCCGUCUGCGCUGGGCCUACGCGUAG